CAAGAGAUUAUCCUCUCUCUUAUCUUUCUUUUUUCGCAUGCUAUAAAGUAGGAACCUUUUUUUUAUAAAUGGAAAAUAUGUUUUUUUUGGGGGUGGGGGCUCCAGCUUAGGCUAGAUCAGUUGAGAUAAGUUAGUAGAAAACAGAGUUAUGGUGAAUCAAGAAGUCGUGGACAAUUAUAACAGUACAGAUUUGUUAUUAUCAACAUCCUAACAGAAUUCAAUCUGUCACAAAAUCAAUUACUAUAUCUAUCUAUAAAGAUGUCUCCUCUAUCAUUGUUAUCUCGAAUCAAAGCUCUACCAGAAUGGCUGGCCUAAGACUUGCUGUGUCUUGGAUUCUUGCAUCGCUGUGCUUCUCUUCUUUAUGUGCAGCAGAUGAUGUGAAGGUUUUUGUUCAAGGGGUAACUUCCAUAGCGAAAACCGAUGAUAAUUUUAUAUGUGCAACUUUAGAUUGGUGGCCUAGUGAAAAGUGCGAUUACAAUCAGUGCCCAUGGGGGAAGGCUGGCCUCCUCAAUCUGGAUUUGAACAACAAGAUUCUGGCUAAUGCUAUCAAGGCAUUUGAUCCUCUGAGAAUCAGACUUGGAGGCUCAUUGCAAGAUCAGUUGGUUUAUCAAGUCGGUGACUUCAUUAAAAAAUUCCCUCAUUUCAAGAAACAAGAUGAUGGUUUAUUUGGAUUCAGCAAAGGUUCUCUGCCCAUGGAUAGAUGGGAUCAGCUCAAUGACUUGUUUAAGCAAACAAAUGCUAAAAUCACAUUUGGCUUAAAUGCCCUUAUUGGGAAGAGGAAAUCUGACAAUUCUACACUUUGGGUUGGUGAAUGGAACUCAAAAAAUGCCCGAGAUUUCAUGAAAUAUACUGCAUCAAAGGGAUACAAGAUUGAUUCCUAUGAAUUAGGAAAUGAGUUGUGUGCAUCUGGGGUAUCUGCAAGACUGGAGGCUGACCAGUAUGCUAAAGAUAUUAUUCAACUUAAAGAAAUAGUGAAGGAGCUGUACCCAGAUCGCGAGACACAGCCUAGGGUGUUGGGCCCUGCUGGUUUUUACGACACUGAAUGGUUUAAAACCUUCCUUGAGGUCUCAGGACCACAUGCUGUCGAUGGAGUAACCCACCAUAUAUACAAUCUUGGUGCAGGUGUCGAUAAAACCCUGAUCAACAAGAUUCAGGAUCCAUAUUUCCUGGAUGAAAUAGCAGAAACAUUCAAAGACCUUGAAAAUGUUGUCAAGGAAUUUGGUCCGUGGGCAGGACCAUGGGUUGGGGAAUCUGGUGGUGCUUAUAACAGUGGUGGCAAGGAUGUCUCGCAUACUUUUGUUAAUGGAUUUUGGUACCUGGAUCAACUAGGCAUGACAGCAACCUUCAAUCAUAAGGUCUACUGCAGACAGACCCUCAUUGGAGGAAACUAUGGUCUGCUUAACACUACAUCCUUCAUCCCAAAUCCAGACUAUUAUGGUGCACUUCUGUGGCAUCGCUUAAUGGGAAAGACUGUGCUCGCUACCAAUCAUUUUGGCUCCCCAUAUUUGAGAACAUACACUCAUUGUUCAAAGCAGAAGCCUGGCAUCACAAUGCUUAUCAUUAACAUGUCAAACUCCACUUCCAUUGAUGUUUCUGUCACCAAUGACGAAAACAAGUACCCACAUAAUUACAGAAUGACUGUUAAUGGUUCAAAUCAAAGAGAAGAGUAUCAUUUGACCCCAAAAGAUGGCAACAUCCAGAGUGAUGUGGUACUGCUGAAUGGAACUCCUUUGCAGCUUACAAGUUCUCAAGACAUUCCUUCACUGAGUCCAAUGAUUGUUGAUUCUUCUUCCCCGAUCAGAGUCGCCCCUGAUUCAAUAGUUUAUGUUACUAUUAGAGACUUCAAAGCUCCUGCAUGCGCAUAGAAGUUUACUUUUCUCGUGUUUUUUCUCUUCAGUUAAGAUGAUUUCAAUAGUUUAUGUUUUCCUUUUCCUUUUCUUUUCAUACCAAUUUGUUAGAACUUGCAAGUUUAUUAGAAAUAAAAAAACAGAUUUAGAAAGGAAA